GAUGUAAGAUGAUUGAGUAGACUAUUAUCUUCCUAACAUUCAACGUGUAGGACAUCACAAGUUUCCAAGAUGCCCACUAGGCGCAUGCAGGAGUUCCUUGCGGGACUCAAGUCUGCUGAUGAUGAGAGACGAGUGCGCACUGCCUAUGAUCUGCAGCGAUAUGUGUUCACUGAACUGAGAGAAAUCUCAGUGGAUGCUCUCAUCACGUUUCUGGAUGAGUUCAACAGCCACAUCUAUAGCAUGGUCACCUCUAAAGAACCUAAUGAGAAGAAGGGAGCAAUUUAUGCUAUCAUUUGCCUAAUGGAUAUUGAUGAGGGACAGAAAACCAAGUCCCUGAGCCGCUCCUACAACAUCCUCACCAAUCUCAUCAUAAGCUGUGAGAGUGGCGUGUCAGAGCUGGCAGUGAAGGCAUUAGGUCGGCUGUUGCUGGUGUCGGGAGCGCCUACUGCCACGGGUGUGGAAAUGUUGCUGCAGAAAUGCUUCUCAUUUAUAGAGACGGAUGAGACCAGAAGAAAACUCAGUAUCCAGCUUGUGAAAGAGCUUUGCCUGUCCGUUCCAUCACACUUCUAUCAGCAAAUCAGACGUUUCUUUGCUAUAAUAUUGGAGUUUGGCAUCUGGGAUAGUGACGCUAGCGUCCGCGAGGAGAGCGUUUCAGCCAUCUCUGUUGCCCUCACCGUUGGCCUUCAUAGGGAGUCUAAGGAACCCAAUAUCCCGCAAUGGUACACUUCAUGUGUCCACGAGAUACUGAGAGGCUUGGAAGACCCUCGUGCCGGAGAACACAUCGCGGCGGUGCCCCGCAACAUCACCCGCGAGGAGCGUCUCCACGUCACAUUCCUGCUGCUCAGCGCCCUGCUGAAGCACGCAAACGCUGCAUGGGAAGCGCACACUCGUCUUCUCAGGCACAUCACUCACUUCCAGUCCUCGCAGCCUAAGAAAGAGGGAGUAUCUCAACUACUAAAGAGGCUUCGUGGCACCAACGCGUCCAGCAUGGCGCUGCCCACGUCCCAGUCUCUGGACCAGCUUGUGAUCUCCUCUCAGCACCACACCACCUCCAGUGAGAGCGACCGUCCCAUGGAGAGCAACAUCAUUAGGACGAUGAUAGACUGCAACUACACGGACCUUUGCAAUCUUAUGUCCGGUUUUCGAGGAAUUCGCAGCUCUAUGGUACAGUCAAGCUUGCUGAAACUCCUGCCUCGCAUUGCUGAAGCGCUAGUAAUCAUAGGUGGUCACCUGGAGGCGUACAUGUCUCACUGCUUGGCUCUCGCCAACGGCAAGGAUAAGGAAAAGCCCGCAGCGUUCGUGUGCCUGGGGCUGCUGACCAUAGCUUGUCGUCCCGCCACCCUGGCGCUCGUUCCCAGGAUUCUCUCCACCAUCAAGAACGCUAUACCCACAAAGGAGUCACUAGGCAGGAAACGAAGUCCUGCGACCGUGGAGCCUAGCGUCCUAGUGUGCCUGAGCCUCGUGGCUCACUCCCUGGGCCCCGACCCUCCCAUGCCAGAUUUCCUGGCGUUGGAGCAUCACCCACCGCCGCCCUCUCCUGCCCAGAUCGAGGGCGCACCUGCCAAAGCUAAUGCUGCACAAGAUGCCAUCGAGAUUUUACUCACCCCCAUACUUAAUUCUGGACUCUCGCCCACUCUGGCGCUCUGUAUGCAGGAGCUGGCGCUCGUCUUGCCGGACCUGAAGAAAGGCAUCAGUGAAGGCCUGCUACAACUGCUGUCCAGUAUCCUGAUCCAGCGAGGGGGCGCCUCGCCCUCCUCCACCACCCCCUCCCCUGCAGACCUGCAGAACGUCUCCACUGUUGUGCUGGCGCUCAGAACUCUUGCGUCCUUCGAUUUCGAGGAUACCGCCGGUCCCUGGUUACUCCAAGUGAUUCGUCACAUCAGCGACUUGUAUGUAUCGCACAGCAGCAAGGAGGUGCGGCUCGAGGCCGUGGCCACCAUAUGUCAUCUUCUGCACCCUGUGUGUGAUAGCGGCAAUUUAGGACUGCCGUUACACCCUCACCCGCCCUACAAUUCCCUCUGCAACGACCACUCUACUCAACACCCCGUCCAUGCAGCUAUUGUGUAUGAGCACGUGUCGCGCGUGCUGUGGCUUAGCGUCACUGACAUGGACGUAGACGUGCGGUUAUGCGCCCUGACGUCGCUGGAGGACGCGUUCUCGGUGCACAUGGCGCAGCCUGAGAACCUGAACGCGCUCGUGCUGGCGCUCAGCGACGAGUCCUUGGAGAUACGCGAGGCUGCCGUCACCCUCCUCGCCAAGCUCUCCGUCAUCAACCCUGCUUAUGUGCAUCCUUUACUGAGGAAAACUCUGCUCAGGUUACUGAGCGAGUUGGACUUCACGGGCAUUGGUCGUAACCGCGAGCUGAGCGCCCGCAUGUUGCGCCACAUGAUCGCUCAGGCGCCACGCUUCCUGCGGCAGUACGUGCAGCCCAUCAUGAGUGUUGUGGUGCCCAUCCUGACGCAGCCUGACCUCAACCCUGUCGUCACCGUCAGCCUCAUGACUGCUGUUGGGGAUCUCGCCCAGGUGAGUGGAAGCGACAUCAGGUCGUGGGUGGGCGCAGUGAUGCCCCUGCUGCUAGCCAUGCUGGAGUCUCGACUGUGUGGGUGGAGGCGUCAGGUGGCGCUGGUGACGCUGGGGCAGCUGGUGGAGGCCACGGCAGGAGGUUCACUACAUCCCUACACUCAGUACCCUUUUCUGCUGCAGCUGCUCCUCUCCAUUCUGAAGACUGAAACCCAGCAACCUGUGCGGUUUAUUCCACUUAUUGAUGCCUGCCCGCUGGUACUGGGGGCGACGGGACCCAACGAGAUGCUCGUCAACCAGAACUAUAACUCCAUGGAAGAGUACUACGCUGCCUGCUCUGUAGCAGCAAUGCUCAGGAUGCUGAGGGAGCCUAGCCUCGCUCAGUACCACGAGGAAGUCUCCAAGGCAAUUAACUUCACGUAUUUCACCUUGGGUGCCAAAGGCGUUCCUUUCCUGAGCCUUGUAGUGCCGUCACUGCUACAGGUGGUGCGAAAUUGUGAUCAGAAUUACCGCGGCAAUUUCCUCCUACGUCUGGCAUCCUUCAUUGAGAUCGUAGGACAACACAUACGCAACUACGUCGACGACAUUGUUCAAGUUAUUAAGCUGUACUGGAAGAGCGACCUGAGCCCUGAGCUGGCCGAGCCCCUGAUCAUGGUGGUGAAGAGCGUCGCUGUGGCUAUGGGCGCCGAAUUUAAGGCCCAUCUUAAGGACAUCAUUCCUCUCAUCAUCAAGUCGCUCAUGGAUGACUCCAAGGAGAGGCCGGUCACCAAGAGUCUGCUGCAGGCGUUGAGCAAGUUUGGCGUUAAUCUGGAGGAGUUCAUCUACGCGCUCCUGCCACCCAUCGUGGUGCUCUUCGACAACCCUGACGUGCCUCUUAAGGUUCGGUCAGCCAGCAUCACGACCAUACAGUCGCUGGCAGUUGACAUCCACAUGGGGGAUGGUUACGCCAUCAGUGAAGAAGAGAAAGCCGCUGCGACAUUCCAGCGUGGCGGCGAGAAGCCCAACCACAGCCUGUACGACGUGCCUAACCCCUCGACCUCAGAGACCAGACAGGGCACGUCCUCCUCGGGUGCCAACGUCUCGUACAGCAACAUCUCCGUCUGGGCUGAGUUGGUGAAGUCAUGGGAGUUUCAACGCCACACGGGCAAGGAAGAAUGGAUGCAGUGGCUGCUGGGCAUUGGCAUGAACCUUCUGAAGGCUUCGCCCAGCAGUGCCCUCAAAGCUGUGUUCCGAGUUUCUUCGGGCUACCCGCAAGUGGCCCGUGACCUGUUCAACGUUUCCUUCAUGGCGGCCUGGAGCGAGAUGAACGAGAGCCAACAAGACGACUUCCUGAGCUCCCUGCAGCACGCACUCAGGGCGCAAGACAUUCCUGAGGUCACACAAGCCUUACUCAACCUCACCGAGUUUAUGGAGCACAGUGACAAGGGAGGCUUGCCUGUAGAUGCAUCAUUGUUGGGGAACAAGGCAAUGGACUGCCGGGCCUACGCCAAGGCUCUCCACUACAAAGAGGAACAGUUCCACAAGAGCCCGUCACCCGACGUGCUCCAGAAUCUCAUUUCCAUCAAUAAUAAUCUCGGGCAAACCGAGGCUGCAACAGGCUUGAUGGAGUUCGCACGCAAACACAACAGCACAGACAUGCACUUGGAGGAGCGCUGGUUCGAGAAGGUCCACGACUGGCAGCAGGCGCUCGACCUCUACAACGCCCAGCUCGAGAAAACUCCUGAACAGUUCGAGCUCGCGCUCGGCAAAAUGCGAUGCAUGGAGGCUCUUGGAGAAUGGGGCGAGUUGUACGAGACGACCUGCCGCUGGUGGAACUUCAUUGGGGACCCUGAGUGUGUGAAUUCGCUCUCGGAGCACUACCGCUCACAAAUGUCGCGCCUGGCCACGUCAGCAGCGUGGGUGGCAGAGGAAUGGACGAUGAUGGAGCGAACCGUGGCUUACGUGCCGGCAGACUCCCAUACUGGCGCCUUCUUCAGGGCUGUGCUCGCUGUGCAGCAAGGGAUGUGUGAUAAGGCUCAGCAGCUGAUAACCUUCGCCCGGGACCUGCACGACGCGGAGCUAACGGCGAUGUCGGGCGAGAGCUACGAGCGCGCCUACAGCAGCAUGGUCGCCGUGCAGGUGCUGGCCGAGCUCGAGGAGGUGACGCAGUAUUCCCUGGUGCCGGAGAGACGGUGUGCCAUCAAGAACAUGUGGUACCAGAGACUCCAGAGCAACCAACGUGUCGUAGAUGACUGGCAUAAAAUCUUGCUAGUGAGAUCCCUGGUGCUGAAACCUCAAGACGAUGUCCGGCCUUGGCUGGACUUCGCUGCAAUGUGCAGGAAGGCCAAUCGCUACUCACUCGUCAGGAAGACGCUAGUGUCUCUCGUGGGUCAUGACCCUGAAGCUGUCCCUGAGAAGCCACUCCCUAUCAUGUACCCCAACGCCAGUUACGAGUACGCCAAGUACCUCUACUCUCUGCCUGACCAGCAGCAUAGAGCCUACACCAAACUUCAGACAUUUGUGACUCACCUCAACCAAGCUGCCGUGAACCUUCACAACGAAGCAUCUGUGCGCAUCCUCAUUUCCAAAGUGUACUUGAAACUCGGUGAGUGGCAUGAGGAUAUCCACGGAGUAAACGAGGAGACUUUACCUACCAUCACCAAGUAUAACCACCACGCAAGGGUCGCUAACGAGUCUUGCUAUAAGGCUUGGCAUGCUUAUGCCUUCUCGAACUUCCAAGCUUUGCUCAUGCAGCAAACGAAGUUAGAGCAACUGCAGGUGAAAUCAACUGCAGCUGCAGCUGUUGCUGCUACCAAUGCAGCUCGCGGAGCAGGUGUUGGAGAAACUUCUCCUGGGGGCGACAGCGCUGAGAACGAUGACAAUGAAUUGGCCAGAAUAUGCCAGGAAAUAAAUCGAUUACAGAAGCGCCUGUGCGAGUACGCGUGUGAGGCAGUGAAGGGCUUCAUCAGAAGCAUUGCAGUUGGCGAAAGCAGCACGAGCGUGCAAGAUUGUCUUCGCCUCCUCACCAUUUGGUUCCAGCACGGCCACAACCCGUCAGUUGAGCAGGUCCUCAAGGAGGGACUCAAGACUCUUCACGUCGACACUUGGCUCCAAAUGAUCCCGCAACUGAUUGCCCGCAUCGACACCCCCCGACCAGCUGUAAGCCAGCUCGUGCAUCAGGUCAUCACAGACUUUGGCAAGCAACACCCGCAGGCGUUAUUAUAUCCUCUGACGGUUGCGGCGAAGUCUUCAGACAAGUGUCGCAGCAACGCUGCUGAGAAGCUCCUCAACAAGAUGCGCGAACACUCGUCUGUGCUUGUCAACCAAGCAGCCCUUGUGUCAGAAGAACUGAUAAGAGUGGCUAUCCUACGUCACGAACGCUGGCACGAAGCACUGGAGGAAGCCAGCCGCCUCUAUUUUGGUGAACGCAACGAUCAGGCGAUGCUAAGAACGCUCCUGCCGCUGCACUCAAUGAUGGACAAAGAGCCUGAAACAUUAAACGAAGUGGCUUUCAACCAGGCUUACAGCAGAGAUCUCGCAGAAGCAAAGGAUUGGUGCCUGCGCUUCCAAAGAUCUUCCAACGUACGGGAUUUAAACCAAGCAUGGGAACUGUACUACAAUGUCUUCAAGCGCAUUUGUCGACAAAUUCCGACUUUGACUUCAUUAGAACUGCACUCCGUGUCUCCUCGCUUACUAACUUGCCGGGACUUGGACAUUGCAGUCCCUGGUAGCUACGCUCCCAACGCGCCUCUUAUAUGCAUCAGUUAUGUGCAUCCUUCACUUCAAGUCUUCUCCACAAAACAGCGGCCACGCAAACUAUGCAUCCGAGCAAGCACAGGUCACGAUAUUAUGUUCCUCUUGAAGGGCCACGAAGAUCUUAGACAGGACGAACGAGUCAUGCAGCUAUUCGGUCUUGUCAACACUUUCCUAGUGAACAAUCCUGAAACUUUCCGACGAAAUCUGACAGUACAGAGGUAUGCUGUGGUGCCUCUAUCCACUAACUCAGGCCUGAUCGGGUGGCUGCCACAUUGUGACACGCUUCAUGUUCUCAUCAAGGACUGGCGUGAUAAGAAAAAAAUACUCAUAACAAUAGAGCACAGAAUAAUGAUGAAGAUGGCACCCUCGCUUGAACACCUUACAGCAAUGCAAAAAGUGGAGGUCUUUGAACAUGCCCUAGAACUCACUCAAGGAGAUGACCUUGCUAAACUCCUGUGGCUGAAAAGCCCAUCAUCGGAAGUUUGGUUUGACCGUCGCACGAAUUACACGCGAUCUUUGGCUGCCAUGUCCAUGAUUGGGUAUGUCUUGGGCUUGGGAGACCGACACCCUUCUAAUCUUAUGCUCGACCAAAAGUCUGGUAAAAUUAUCCAUAUUGAUUUCGGUGACUGUUUUGAAGUUGCCAUGACCCGCGAGAAAUACCCCGAAAAAAUUCCUUUCCGUCUCACCCGCAUGUUGGUGAACGCGAUGGGAGUGACAGGAAUCGACGGCACAUAUCGCAUGACAUGCGAGUCCGUCAUGUCGCUACUGCGCCGUAACAAAGACUCGGUCAUGGCGAUGCUCGAAGCUUUCGUUUAUGACCCACUCUUGAACUGGCGACUGAUCGACCAGCAGCAACAGCAGGCACCGCCUCGACGGCCUGCGGACGGUGCGGCAGUUGUAGGUCCUAUGGUAGCCCCUAGCGCGGGUGGUGUUGACGGUGCUCCUGAAGGAGGCGACGGUGCCACUGGCUCUGGAGCUGCAAUCCCAGGAUCUGUGGGCGUAGCUAAUCAGCUCAAUGGCAAACCAGAAGCUCUAAAUAAAAAAGCUGUUGCCAUAGUCAACAGAGUGCGAGACAAAUUAACUGGUCGAGACUUCCUCAAUCAGGAAGAACCGUUAGAUGUUGCUAAGCAAGUUGAUCUCUUGAUCGCCCAAGCAACUAAUCACGAAAACCUCAGCCAGUGUUUUAUUGGUUGGUGUCCAUUCUGGUAAUGUGCAAAUACGGGAGUUGUUAUGGUAAAUAGUUCGAGGUAUCCCUACUGUAAGGUUGAGAAACCUAAUCGAGUGAGUGCGUUUUAGCUUGUUUUCGUGCAUAAAUAAAUAUGAAGAAAUUACAAGUAUACAGCUUAAUCUUGCGAGUUUUAAAGAAAUAUUCAAAUUAAAUGUUCGGUAUAACAAGUUAGAUUUGUUUGGCCGUUCACAAGCUCAAAACAAUGUGCAUGACAUAGGUAGAUUUAAAUUGGCGUUUUCCAUCACUCCUUUAUUAUUUGUUUGAGAAUAAAACUUUGUGUUUAUUUUAAUCCUACCUCUGUUUUCGUUUGAAGAAUGUAAACGUGGUAAUUUAGCCUUCCAGUUUUCUAAAGUUUUUAUCGUUUUGUGUUUGAG